GCACUGCAAUGCAAUGAUGAAGUAGAACCUCUACUGCUACUAUUCUUCUUCCCCUUCUUCCUUCUACAGAACGGACACUCUCAUUCUCCACUCUCAUCAUCACCACCUCCAUCUAUAUAUAUAUAUAUAUAGAUCGCCAUCAUCAUCACCAUACAUAAGCAGAGCUCACUUGCUCUGUUUUCGAAGCCUCACAAACAGCUAUCAUUUCUUGCUUAGAACACACGUCGGCCUCUCCUCGUUUCCGGCCUUGAAAAAGCUGCACGUCCGACCCUAUAAAUGCAGCAGCAGCCUUCACUCAGGAUAGGGUCACUCGAAAAUCUACCAGUCUGCUCUUUGUCACUGUGAGUGAGAGUUGAGUGAGAGCUAAGGCUGUUGUUAGUAUGGGAGAAGAAACGGCGGCGAAGGUGGUGGUGAUCAGGGAGUACGACCCCGACCGGGACAGGGCCCAGGUCGAGGAGGUGGAGAGGCGGUGCGAGGUGGGUCCCAGCGGGACCCUCUCCAUCUUCACCGACCUCCUCGGGGACCCCGUCUGCCGCGUCCGCCACUCUCCGGCCUUCCUCAUGCUGGUGGCGGAGAUGGACGGCGGCGAUGGGGAGGAGAGGCAGAUCGUGGGGCUGAUACGGGGAUGCAUCAAGACCGUCACCUGCGGGAAGAAGCUCUCGAGGAGUGGCAAGACCGUAAAUAACGCCUCCUUCGACCCACCCAAGCCCGUACCGGUCUACACUAAGCUCGCCUACAUUUUAGGCCUCCGCGUCUCUCCGUCUCGCCGGAGGAUGGGGAUAGCGUCCAAGCUGGUCGAGAGCAUGGAGGAGUGGUUCAGGGAGAGCGGGGCCGAGUACGCGUACAUGGCGACCGAGACGGACAACACGGCCUCCCUGAAGCUCUUCGUCGGGAAAUGCGGCUACACUCGGUUCCGUACCCCGGCCAUCCUCGUCAACCCCGUCUUCGCCCACCGCCUCAGCACCGACUCCCGCCGCGUCACCCUCAUCAAGCUCUCCCCUCGUGAUGCCGAGCUCCUCUACCGCCUCCGGUUGUCGACUACGGAGUUCUUUCCGAGGGACAUCGACUCGGUUUUGAACAACAAGCUGAACCUAGGGACGUUCCUGGCGGUGCCACUUGGCAGCUACUCGGCGGAGACGUGGCCCGGGGCGGUGGAGUUCCUGGCCAACCCGCCCGAGUCGUGGGCUGUGCUCAGCGUCUGGAACUCCAACGACGUCUUCCGCUUCGAGGUCCGGGGAGCAUCGACCCUCCGGCGCUUUCUCUGCAAAACGACGCGGUUACUAGACCGGGCCCUGCCGUUUCUGAAAAUCCCUUCCGUACCGAACUUCUUCCGACCCUUUGGGGUCCACUUCCUGUACGGACUCGGCGGGGAGGGCCCGCGGGCGGCGGCAAUGAUGCGGGCGCUGUGCGGCCACGCCCACAACCUGGCCCGGGCCCACGGGUGCGGUGCCGUGGCCACGGAAGUUGCUGGGGCGGACCCGCUGAGGGCGGGUAUCCCCCACUGGCGGCGGUUCUCGUGCGAGGAGGACCUCUGGUGCAUCAAGCGGCUCGGGGAGGACUACAGCGACGGCGCCGUUGGUGACUGGACCAAGUCGCCGGCCGGCCUCUCAAUCUUCGUUGACCCCAGAGAGGUCUGACUGACGUAUGACAAAAAAAAACCAAAACAAAAGAAAAGGAAAAGGAAAAUGAAAAAGUAGAGGAAAAUCCUUUCGGAAGAAUCUUGAGAAAUUAGGGGGGAAGAAGGAGAGAGAGAGAAGCACCGGACAAAAACAAAAUCUUUUUUUUUUCUUUUAAUUUGUUUUUAGCUUUUUUAGUUUUUUUCCUUUUCUUUUUUCAGUUUUGUCACAUUUGUGACGAUUUUGGGUAAGGAAAAGAGGGGAAUGUGGAGAUAUGGGUUCGAUUGUAUAAAAGGAUGUGGAAUAUCCCAACUUUUUCUUUAUUAAUUUUAGAUAAAAAUAUAUUAUGGUUUAUCUGUUUCUCUUU